AUGGCCUACCUGCAGAGCUUCAAGAACACAUUCUUCGUCGAUGCUCUUGAAUACUUUCGAAUUGUUAAAGAACAAAGUUGUGAGCGAUCGAACGAAAACUCUGUAGUAGCUGAUACUUCAAGCAGUAUUGAAAUUCCUAUAACGGAUAAGGAUUUAGAAGUUGGACCGGUGCAUUGCCAUGCGAACGAAUUCAAGGAUCCUUUUCUGAUAGAGUGGAUCGAUGACAGUGAUCCCGACCAUCCACAUAAUUGGUCUAAUUUUCGAAAAAGUUUCAUAGCAAUAGAGGUUCUUUUACUGUCCUGUAUAACAUACAUGGGGUCUUCCAUUUACACACCAGGACAAGAAGCAAUUCAGAAUGAGUUUGGAGUUGGCCAUUGGGCGGGGACACUGAACCUUUCUCUAUAUGUUUUAGGCUAUGGAAUUGGACCCAUUUUCUUGGCGCCAUUUUCUGAAUUUGCUACCAUCGGGCGGCAACAUAUUUACAUCUUUACUUUGUUUGCCUUUGUUUUGUUUCAGAUAGGAUGUGCGACAGUGAAAAAUUUUGGGGGCUUGAUUGUUAUGCGCUUUAUAAGUGGAGUUCUUUCAUCCCCAGCAUUAUCCACUGGCGCUGCCAGUAUUGCUGACGUUAUCAAAGAUGAACGAAAACUACCACUAGUCAUAGGUUUGUGGUCUAGUGGAGCUAUCCUUGCUCCUAUUAUUGCUCCUUUGUUAGGGGCUUGCAUGCUGGUAGCUGAAGACUGGAGAUACAUUUUUUGGUUGUUAACGUGGAUGGCCACGGCAAACCUGAUAACCUUGAUUUUCUUCUUCCCAGAAACGUCUCCCGAAAACAUACUUUAUCGCCGCUGUAAAAGGAUUAGAAAGAUGACGGGGGACAACAGAUAUUAUACGAUCAGACAGAAAGAAGAGGAGAAACUCAAUAUGUGGCAGUUCUUCAUCGCUGCAGUAUUGAGACCAUUUAAAAUCAUUUACCAUGAGAGAAUUGUGGCAUAUUUUGACAUUUACAUGGCGCUAUUGUACGGUUCACUUAAUUUGUUCUUUGAAUCAAUUCCAAUCGUGUUCCUUGAGAUCUACCACUUUUCUGUGAUAGAAAUGGGAGUGGCCUAUAUGGGGUUCACUGUGGGCAGCACAUUCGGAUACUUGGCUCAAUGUAUAUUCCAAUUGAAGGUUAUAAACCCAAAAUUUGAUAACGGUACAUUCCAGCCAGAAUCCUUACUGCUUCUUGAUAUGGCUCUUGGAUGGAUAUUUCCAGUUUCAAUGUUCAUAUUUGGUUGGGGUGCCAGUGUCCAUUGGAUGCUGGUUGAGGUAGCAUUAGCCCUUUUCAUGUUUUCUGUUUUCACCCUCUUUCAAAUCUCACUUGCCUACCUUGCCGUGUGCUAUCCCCGCUACGUGGCCUCUGUAUUUGCAGGAAGUACUCUUACAAGGGCCAGUUUUGCCUGUGCUUUUCCGCUUUUUGGAACGACGAUGUAUCGGCAUUUGGCAACAGAAAAAUUCCCGGUUGGAUGGGGAUCUUCCGUCGUGGGAUUUGCAGCAUUGAUUGUAUCCAUUGUCCCAUUUUUCUUGUACAAAUACGGCCGGAAGUUGCGUGGUGUCUCGGCUUUCGCUGAAUAA